AAUUAUUGAAUUCACAAUUCGCCCAACAAAUUCAAGAUAAAUUCGUUGCUCUCUCUGGUUUUUAAUUGGAGAAAUUCAAGCAUACUCUGGUUUCUUAAUUGCUGCUUCAUCCUCGGUGUUGCCGGAUAUAUUCGCCAGAUAGUUGGUAAUUUGGACGAUAGUUGGAAAGUGGUGAACGUCUGACUUCUUCUUCCGUGUUGUUACUACUGUUUCGCCGACCACACCGGUUCAAGGUUUCCUGUGAUUCUUUAGCGUUGUUCGUAGGUUCGUGCAUCAGUUCGUGCGUUGCUACACCGGUUCAAGGUUUCCUGCAAGUCUUUAGCGUUGUUCGUAGGUUCGUGCAUCGGUUCGUACGUUGCAUAUGCUCUUUGAUACUAGAGGCUCAGGAUAUUACUGAUUUAGGCUCUCUGAAUCAAGCAGCAAAGAUCUUUAUUCUAGGAACUAAAAUAUGAGUUACAGGACUAAAAGAACAUUGGUAGCUAUUGACGAAGGGUCGAGCAUUGCUGCAUCCAAGUCCCCAAAAUCUUCUGAUCCAUCCACCCAAAACUGGGGACCGUUCAGUCCUCCAACACUUGGAGUGUCACAGACAUUUGGGACGGUAUCACAACCCAUUAAGCAACCAGUAGCUGCUAAAAAAACCAUGGUUGCACCACAAUCAUCCUUGCCUCGGCCUACUUCCAUGGUUUCAAAGCCACAACUGAAGGCAUUAUCAAAACCAUCCUUUACCCAGACAAAACCAUCCUCUAACCCAUUACAACAACCAAUUUCGCCCACUCUUACAGGAACAACACAAAGUAGAUGGUAUAAAGGACCUACGUUUCCCAAUCUGACUGAAAUUGCAACACAAAAAGCGUCAACACCGAAUCCACACCAGCCUACUAUGCAGCCUGUGUUGCAGCCUUUCAAAGCUACCUUGCAGCCUUCUUUGCAGCCUUUCAAAGCUUCCCAACAGCCUCAAACAGCUACCAAUCAGCCUCAAAAAGCUACCCAUCAGCUUCACAAAGCUACACAACAGCCUCAAAAAGCUACACAACAGCCGGUAUCUUCUUUUACAAGUGUCAAACCACAUUUAGAGAAAAGAGCAUUUGUUGCACCUUUGGGAGCAACAAAACAUGUGAUGUCACAAUCUCCUACACCACCAGACACCAUGGCAAUGAAAAAGAGAACCGGGAAGCAAGAAGGUCAGUUGCCUCCAACAUACAUGCAUGUGAGUGAGAAUGCAUUUCAACCUCUGCGAUCUCCUCCAUCCAAUCAGGUUGAGAGUGAAGUUAUGCCAAACUACAACUGGGACGAAUUUGAAGAAUCGGCUUCUGAGAGUGAAAAUGAAUUUGAUCAAGGAGAAGGAAGUGAUACUGCUGUGAAGAAAGCAACACUUCGACAUCGAAUCAUUAUUCCAAAUUGGCCAGAAUCGAGGGAGUUUGAUGAGAAGGUGGAGGCUAUAGCUAUAGAUGCUGAUGGAAUACGACAUCUGGUAAAGGGACCAGUUCUGCCUCGAGACGUUUGGCAUGAUGCAAAGGGGUUCAGAUACAUUGUCAAGCUCAAUGAAUUCAACCAACCUAUUCGAAAAGGUGGGAAGAUCCUUGUGAGCUUCCUUGGAGAUAUUGCAAAAAAUGAUUCACUUUGUCCAGUGGGAGUCCCAAGUUGGCGUGCUGUGAACAAUCAGUUAAAAACUAAUGUUGUUACAAUGAUUCGGAAACAUUUUGUGUUACCUGAUGGACCUCUAGUUAACAAGGCACUAGUGAUGCGUAUUGACAAACCAUGGAACAAUCAUCGAUACAAAUUGAAGAGGGAUUUUUUCGAUCCAGUGAAUAAAUCUCGAGAAGAGAACUAUGCCAACGUGCCUGAUGGAGUGUCCACUAGGAGUUGGACGGAAUUGGUAGAUUGUUGGCUUUUACCAGAGGCCAUGGUUUGUGACCCCAAAAUAUCCUAA